GGCCCCCCGUCGUCCACAUAGGAUGAGAUAUCUCCGAAAUAUAGCAGCUGCACAAAGAGGCUCACCAUCACCAAGUCAAAAUUUGCCUAAAGGACCUAAUAGAGAAUAUAGAUUAGAACAACGUCUAAACCUUAUAGAUGCAUUUAUUAAGAGGAAUUUUCGAACUGAACUGUACCUGUCUAAAGCAAUAUCCACCCAAUCUGCUAAACCUAUGUGGAAGGCUAUUGAAGCGGAUAUGACGUUCCAGGAACACCUGGUUAAUUUGGAAGAGAAAAGAUUGCUUUGGAAACAAUGGAAUCGAGGGAACCAAACAGAAGGGAAGCCUUGUUCAGAUAUACCACUACCGCAUGUCUGUAUCUGCGACCAAACUAUUGUGCCGAGAAAAAAGAAGAAACCAAAAUCCAAAAAGGUUUUUGGACGAAAUGCGAAACCAAUUCCUCCACCGGUGGUGCCAAGAGAACCGGAGAUAUGCUGUGAACGAUGUUGUAAGAAUACCCCAACACCCAAACCUACACCAACAGCUACACCGGAACCAGAUACAGUCAACUCGCGUUUGGUUAAUAGUCAUUCGCCCGAUAAGCCAAAUCGGUCAGCUUCGAGUUCCAAAUAUAGUUCUGUGACUCAUCUUGGAAAGGGUGAGUCUUCGUCGUUAACAAGUGUCGAAAAAUACGAAGACGGGAGCACAAUUGGGCAGAAUACAAAUGUUUUCAUCGAAUCACGUCCAGCUUCAAAGCAUACGAAUGUGAAUGUAGUUUCUAGUAAAAAUGAUGCUAAGGCUAGUGAAAACACUAAAUCUACCUGUUCCCUAAACAGUUCAAAGACGAUAGGUAAUAAAAGUCAAGUCACUUCAACUGUGUUUAGUGAAGGGCCCAGAGAGGAAGCGUCUGUAAUUGAAAGAGCUUCUGCGUCUACAAUUUUAAGUGAUGGAAUCAAGGAAGGUGGAGUAUCCAGGAUGUCAAGGAACGCUCCACCAGGAUAUAAUACUGAAUCAUUAAUAGGCCUUUUUUCUCUGGAUGCAUCCGUGAACACGGAUAUAUCAUAUUUUCGAAAGCCAGAACAAUUGAACAACUCCAAAUUGAAACCGUCUACUCCGGCAUUUAACCUGAAAACGGAUCCGAAAAUAAGGGAAAUGAUGCACACAUAUAAGAAGGCUAAUAAAUCGACAAAAACACAACUGACGAAAAAGAAAAGUGAGCUGGAGAAAGAAACCGGCAAGGCCUUAGAAAAUUCAGACGACCAGACGUUAGAAAAGUUAGAUGAGCAAGAUCAAGGAACGGUGAGCAACGAAGAGUCAGCAGGGCCCAGUAAUAAUCCUACUGCACACAUCAGAACUGUUGAUAAAGAAAAGCCAAGUGUCAAACAACCAACGACAGACACUGAGAGUUCAGAAGAAAAUGAACUAAACACAGAAAACAACCCAGAACACACACCCGAUCAAACAGCGGAAAAUGAAGAAGAGGGAAACAAACGCGAAGAAUCAUCAAUGGAGAAAGCGGAAACCCCGGUAAAAAAUAAUAGUAAAACAUGCAAAUUAUCCUAAGAAAUGUGCAUUUUGUCUAAACGCGUCAGAUUAAGUAGCAUGAUGAUUAAUUAUAUACGUUACAGGAAAAAUAUUGGAUGUGGACCCCAUAGAAUUCUAUCCCAUAAUUCGUAUUAGAGCAGAUUUCAUUGGUACCAUCUGAAUCUCAGACUUCACACAUUUCCAAUUAAAAAACACGCAUUAAUUUACAAAUAUGUCCUUACUGACAGUACGAAUUGAACUUUUAUUAAGUAAUAAAUAGUUUGUUGAAUUUACUAUAGAUAACAGGUAAUGAACCAAAACGUUCUGAGAAAACUGGAAUAUAGGAAAGGUAACUUGACCAAAUUGUACGCAGGCUGCCCAAGAAUACAAUUGCAAUAUUUUAAAAUUUGACGGAAUCAGCUAUAAAAAUAUCUUUGUACAGCUUUAUUCCCUUCUUAAUUAUCUUAAUGAUACCUUUGCAAAACAUAUAAAAAAUAACAAAAUCGAAAUACUAAGUUAAUAACUGUAUUGAAUAAGAUCGAGUGCAACAUUGGUGCCAGUAUUAAUCUGUGUGUAUGUGUUUGGUAGUUUAUGUCAUGAUUUUUAAUGGCUUCAUACUCAUAAAUCGGCGUAUUUUCUAAAAUCAAAAACCACCUCCGUGUCCUUGAUAUUUAAAAUAAAUGAUAAGCAUCACGCGAGUAUAUAUCCUCCACCUGUAAACACUCACGAGUUAACAAAACAUUUCUGCACAUACCAGAUUAGGCUUCUCCCAGCAAGUUUCUUCUUCCUAAAGUUCAAAGUAUUUCAUUCGGUGUCUUGAAAUAAACAAAUGGAAGCACAUAAAAUAGUCCCGGUGUUGGCAAACUUCUAAAUGAACAGUAUAUUACCAAAAACGAGUUGCAUCGUGCCAAUACAAUGUGAUAGGAAAAUUAUUUUGUUUCAUUUAUCUAUAAUCCAUUUAAGGCAUUCAUGGUAUUUUAAGCACCAUAUAUGAUUUACUGUGAAAGCAAGACGUUUUCGGCUUUUACUUUUUCGAUUUGAUUGUUUCAUUGGAAUGAUCUUCUCAAGAUAUACGUUUCUGAAUUUACCUUUUUUCCUUUUGUUCUUCUUAUUGUAAAUAUCUAAAAUGAAUAAAUAAUGCAGGUAAAAAUAUUAACCCGGGCACUACCUAUAAUCAGAGAAAAUAAGAUGAUUAUAUUUGCCAUACCAAAAUGCCAUUCCUUAUCUGAAUUUUUCUGGGUCUAAAUUACCAGUGGUAAGUGGAAAACCCCAAACAAUGACCAUAUAAAGGGGCAGACAGCGAGAGAAUCCAGAUAACAUCUUGAAAUGUUUACACUGGGCACCGUCUAGUAGUAGUUAGAAACUGACUAGAUCGGGUGGUUUAAAGAAACGAGUAUACUAUUAUUUAAUGUGGAAUAAUUCUGCAAAAGUCUGCAUUCAAGACGGGGGACACAUUGACAAUUAUUAUUUGUUUAUGUAAACUUAUCUAUCCUGCAAAACUUGAUAAAGCAUUUUUUUCUAAAACUCAUGCUGUGUAAACACUAUAUGAGCUGUGCCCGUGGACCUGCAAUUUAGAGUGCAGAUGUCUAACAUCCAUACGGUAUACUAUUUGAAAUGUUAAUGAUAUAGGUAUGACACUUUUCGAAUUAUUCCACUUUAAAUGAUGUACUCGUUUGUUUUCUGGCAACCCGAUACUUCUAAUCCUUAUUGUUGUAGGGAUUAUUACGGUUUACUUGUUUUACCCUAGAAACAAUACUUCAUCCCGUGGAUAACUUUGAUUGCUGUAUUAUCUUUAACAAUUUAAUUGAAGUGUGUACUCUAGCAUGUUGCAAAGGGUUUUAGGGGGUAUUGAAUACUUUCAUAAGGGUCAGUGAAAUGUUAUUAUUAACGUUGCCAUGCAGCAUGUUGUUUGUGUAUAUUGUUUUAAAUUGUUAAUCUGAGGAAGAUUUUUGGCUACACAAUAGAUUAUCGGUAUUAUAUUUUAUUUGUAUAUUAGCAACCAGUGGAAACUAUAUAUCAUUUCAGUUUAAAAAAACCCAUUUGUUUAUAUGUAUGAAGCCUAAACAACCACACAACCAUUAGAAAUAAUAUUAAGGAGCGACGAUGCCACAGAAAACGUAAUAAAUUCCCAAUUUUAAGCACUUCUACCCAGUUGGUUACUUCUGAAUUUACUAAUAUUUAC